ACUGUUCGUUAUCUUCGCCUUUCAUUUAACAUUACAGCGUACCUUCAAGGAAGAGAUGUAAAUCCUAGUGCUAUAACGGGCACACAUGAGAAGAAGGGGAUAUGACUGUAUUUCCAAAUCACAGAGAGAGGGAAGAGACAGAUAGGAAUUGAGAGUAUGAAAUUGUUGACAAAGCCUGUGCUGCAGAACUUUGUCACAGUGGCAAAUGUUAGUCGUGGUAUAAAUCACAUUUCCCGUGUUACGUCAGAUUUGAUCUGGGUGAAUGACGAGAGGAACCUCGUUUUGACAGAUACAACAGGUGCAGUUUUACGUGAACUCAGAGGUAUAUUUAUUUCUGGUUUAUUUCGCGGAUAUGGAGUACAUACAGUAAACAGUGCUGGGGAACUCAUUUACAUAAGCAAGCAAUAUGACGUCAUAAAAGUGUCUACAGACAACACAACACACACAACGCUACUACGCAAAUCAACCACAUGGGAUCCUAUCUCUGUAUAUUCCUCUCCAUCCACUGGUGAUAUAUUUAUUGGGUUGUGGAAUAACGGAAAUAUAGGUAAAGUAGUCCGGUAUAAUAUCGAUACAGAGAAGAUAGUACAGGUCAUUCAAUACAAAAGCACCCGUCAGGUUAUGUAUGGAUGUCCUAUCUACAUCACGGAGAACGGAAAUGGAGACGUCAUUGUCUCUGACUAUGGUCGUGCUGUAGUAGUAACAGACGAUAAAGGAAAAUAUCGCUUUUCCUACACAGGACUUUCAAGCUUAUUUUGUCCUCGAGGAAUCUGUACAGAUGUGUAUUUACAUAUUCUCGUGUGCGAUGAUAUUACCAACUCAGUACAAAUUCUUAACAAGGACGGGUGCUUCCUGUCGUUACUGCCGAUGGUUAACAAAGCAAGAAGUCUGAGUUAUGAUACGGAAACUCAAUUUGUCAUGGUCGGAUCCAGAUACUCCAACAGUGUAUCUGUGUAUAGAUAUAUCGAAAAGAAGGAUUGUCUAACAGAAUGUGUAGAAUCUGAAGACCAAGACGAAAUAAUCCCACAGACUCUUCAUCAAAAUGAUGAAGAAUACACCCAGAAGUUUCUUAGUGAAAAGGAGAAUGCAUGCAUUUCUAUGGAAAAGGAAGAUGGGCAAACGGAAGUGUCCGAGGUGCGAGAUAAAAAGCCUCUUCAUGAAGUAGAAUGUGCAGAAUGUGUAGAAUCUGAAGACCAAAUCGAAAGAAUCCCACAGACUCUUCAUCAAAAUGAUGAAGAAUACACCCAGACGUUUCUUAGUGAAAAGGAGAGGGCAUGUAUUUCUAUGGAAAAGGAAGAUGGGCCAACGGAAGUGUCCGAGGUGCAAGACGAAAAGAUCCCACAGCCUCGUCAUGAAAAUGAUGGAGAAUCCAAACAGAAGCACCUUAGUGAAAAGGAAGAUGGGCAAGAUGAAGUGUUCGAUGUCAGCCUUUCUCAAUGGGACCCUAAAAACAUACUAAAUAACUUGUAUGCCGUCAAGUUAAUGCCUGAUGAGGCCAAGGACAAGAUUGAGCAGUUUGUUGUGAUGGAGGGCCUCAUGGAAAAAUUACCAAUGAACACGAAAAGCCCAACAAAUUUCAAAACCUGGAAGCAAAGAUUCUUCAGGGCAAAAUAUGGAUGGUUGUAUUACUAUGAGUCAAGUUACCACAACAAGCCCAGUGAUGCGCUACAGCUAAUGGGGGGACAAGUGGAAGAACUUGUGGACAGGACUCUUGUAAUUAAAGACAGGAGUGGGAGGUAUCUGAAGGUGCGUUGUUCUACCGACAAAGAAUACCGUCGAUGGAAGAUGGCCUUGCAAUCCCACACUACAUACAAUAUCAAGGCCACAUAUGUUAAACCUGUAUUAUCGUGUAUCCAGCAUCCAAAGAAAAAAGUGAUUGUGAUAGAUAUUGGCAGUGGAUCUAUUAGAGCUGGGAUUCUGGGAAAAGAAGCCACAUUGCCCACUUUAUUCUUUCCUAACAUUGUGCUCCGUGCUGAGGACGAUCAAGCGGUUGUGGGAUUCGAGGCCUUCCAUCCGAAGUACAGAAAUUUAUUAUUUAAAUCUGCGAUCACCAUGACGAGAGUAAACAAGUGCAGCAUAGACUUAUACACGAUAGGAGCUGUUUUCAGAAAAGUAUUUUCAGACUUCAAAGUAGAACCAGCUGACUAUUGGUUGAUGAUAAGUACACCUCAGAAUCUAGAGGAUACAAUCCGGGCUGGACUGAUGAGAAUACUGAUGGGCAGGCACCAUGUCCAGGGGGUGUGUAUGGUGAGGCAGUCAUUGCUAGCUCUAUACUCGUACAAUGCCACAUCUGGUAUCAUCGUAGAUAUAGGGGAGAGGAUGGAAAUUCUCCCUAUAUAUGAUGUUCCUUUGAUAGAGGGUGGCACCAGCAAACAGUGUUAUGGAGGUCAAAAGGUCAUAGAAUCUUUAAGCGCCUGUCUCCAUGAUUCCGUGUUAUCUACACCCAUUCAUGACCUGAUUCUCCGCUACAUUAUGGAACAGUCCUGUUACCUGGUCACAGACUACAAGGAUGCUAUGAGGAAAUGCGAACAGGAUCUAGAACACUACAAAACCACUGUGUACCUGAAUAACUUUGAUUUACCUGAGGGGGCGGCUCUGGAGGUAACUCACGACUACAGCUGCUUUAAGAGUCCUGAGGGGUUCUUCAACACAGAUUUAUGGGGAAUGGACUACCCCUGUGUGCACACGUUAGUGUUCCAGGCCAUUCAGUCCUGCCGUAAAGACAUCAGGAACAGCAUGUACAGAGCCGUUUACCUGAGUGGUGGAGUAACCAUGUUGCCGGGCUUUGCUGAGAGGUUACAAGGAGAAUUACAAUCACUGGCUCCGCCCAAUGUCAUGGUGGAGGUCCAUUCUUCUCCCCAGAGAUACCAUGGUGCUUUCAUCGGUGCGUGCAAAUUUGCAAGCAUGGAACAGUUCCAGCAUAUAUGUAUUAGUGCUGAAGAAUGGAACAAAGAUGGCACGAAAACGUUCAAACGUAGCUGGAAUAUGAUUGGCUGAACAGGGUACUAUGAGAAAUGCCCAGAGGGAUAUUACCAAUAGUCAUUUCAAUCUAAUCCCGAGACUUCUUAGUGACAGGAAUGUUAUUUAAUGUAUUGCACCCAUAUAUGCACUAAUUGGCAGUGGGUGCAGUUAUAUUUAUCAUAUAAUGAAGGUAUUAAAUUGCCAAGUUCUUAUCGUUUCAUGUCAAAUUAGGUAAUACUUUGAUAUUCGCUAUACCGGUCUUUAUAAAUCUGAAUAUAUAAGCGUUACACUGCAGCGUUACGUAGAAUCACAGGGUUAAACUGAUUGGGGAAUCGGGGGUGCAGAAUCGGUGACACUUUUGUUUACACCUAUUAGAAACAUCUCGUUAUUGGUAUUGUUAUUUUCUCUUGGAACGUUUCUGUAUGCUUAUGAUUUUGAGGAAUCUAUAGUUACGAUAAACGUAAGCAUGUUCAAAGAUCGAUAUAUUGAAAAAUUCACUCAUUAACAUACUGACAAAUAUUUUCAUAGACAUAUCUGCAAAUUAUUGGCAGGUGACGGUAUUGCAGUUGUCGCACCUGAAAAUAAUAAAUAGAGUGUUAAAUUCAA